AUGAUUCAUAUUCCUCCUGACUGGGCCUUGGCCACAACCCAUAUUGCUAGUGAAUAUGUCUCUCGCCAGUUCCUUGCACUGAUCGGCGGAUGGCCCAAUGCUAUUCCCCCACUCGAACUAGAUUUUGUCAUGCUUGUGGCAUGCUCAAAACUGGCUAGUACCCUCGCCGAUGCCUAUCGGAACCCUGAUGUAGCCAGGUAUGCAGAUGUUCUGCAGAUGAUGGAAAAAGGCAUCAACCCUGCUCGCAAGGACAGCCUUCUUUCCCGGUAUCCACCUGACAGCCAGAUCCAUCUUGAUCGGCCGACAGUUGUGUGUGACAAGUUCAGUAUCAUCGUCCUCUGGUAUCUUCCGGGCGCAAUUGAUCUGGUGAUACAAAAUGACAUGGCGGCGGCUACUGCAAUAAUGUCAGUUCCACUGGCUAGAAGUGUGACAAGCGGCGCCGCCACGAAUAAUCAAUGGAGGACCCAUUCUUCAAACUUUUAUCCAAGUCAAUGUGGCGGUACUCUGGGUUGUAUCAAUCUGUCCCCAGCAUGGUUUUUGCAAGGUCACCCAGCACCAAAAUUUCAUCCGCAUGUCUCAGCGACUCUUAAACUGUUUGACGGACAGUCUUUCUGUCAGGCAAUGCAGAGACCGGCGGCGCUCAUCGCCGCUGCAUUGAGAGUCAUGCACCCUAACCUCUAUUGGUCAUCAUUGGCAACGAAGAUAGCCUUGGGUCUCUGGGCAGCUGACAAGAAAUUGGACAAAAUGGGAGAUCGUCUCAGAGAGUGGGCAUCCGUAUUCACCGCACUCGCUAUCGUAUGCAACCGGCGUUUGCUGAUGCACCGUGAUCCGCUGUCACGUCCCCAAUGGUUUGACGUCAUGACCACCUUCGGCAAUUAUGGAGUAGCAAGGAUGAAGAUGCCAAAUUUAGGCAUUGAAAGUGUCUACCCGGCAGGUUCUAUGAUCGCCGGAUCAGGAUGA